AUGGAUAUUUCAUAUCGAAGCUUCGGGGCGCUAAAUCAUUCAAAACUUCUGCUUGUCUAUGAUGGCUUUACAUACCGUAGCGCCGCUGAGGCCCGCUACUCAUAUCGGUGUCUUCCAAUUGCCAUUACAUGGCACCUCAAUACAACUGAUACGAUGCAUGUUUCAGUCCAACUCAGGACUUGUCCAAAAACGUUUUCGGCUCCAACUGGUCUUUACGACGAAAUCUCUUCAGGGGAUGGCAGGCAUGGCGCUGUUGCCAUCGAGUUCUGGGGGUGUACAUGUACAUGUACAUCCGGGAUCAACACCGGUUACCUGCGGCGUUUUUCUGCCUUACUGCGGUUUUUCUGUUUAUUUGACUCUGCGGCUACUAAGGAGGCGUUUUCGGUUUCGCUACCCCAAGUAAGCAAGACGGAACCCUACCAAAUGUUUACGAGUGUAGGGAGAGAGAGAUCAACCCUGCGCAUCCUUCAUGACGUCGCUUCCUGCAGCGCGCAUCGUCCAUCCGUCGAAUUUGGCAAAUAUAGCAAUUCUCCUUCUCACCAUCGUGUUGCAAAUCUAUGGCUCAAGCAUAUCUGGCACAGUGAACAGGCGGAGAUGCCAGGCAAGUGUAUCGGCUACCAUAUGGUCUUGACAACCGUACCUCGAAGAAUUGCAUGCAACAGCAACAAACAGGAUUCUCCACCUGGCAUAAUCAUACCAUCUGCCAGAACGGAAAGUGUGUACAGCCACAUGUCUGGCCGUGAUAGUUUCCGGGAAUUAGCCACCUCGGAAAACCUGUAA